AUGGACAUCGACUCGUCGCCAGGAAUCCUGCCACCCUCAAGUAAUCCAAUGGGGGUCUACUCGUCACAAUCACGCACGCCGACACAGACGCGUCGCACAACAACGGCAGCGUCGCGUUCUCGCGGUGCGCGGACGACGACAAACGCGCUUUCUCUAGGCGAUGAGGAAGAUGGAAUGGAUCAUGAUGUCGAAGAUGAUGGAGAUACGCGUCCACAAGCGGAGGAAGCCGGCAUGAAUAACAUUGGUGCGCAACGCCAGAAAGGAAGGAGAGCACGGAUGAACUUGGAUGUCCCGCCUGUAAGAGAUGCGACCGGGGAAAAAGUCAUGGAGAGUUUGAGCUCUUUCUCAAAUCGUCAGUUCACCCUUCUCCAUCUUCGUUCCCUGCCACUAUAUACGGAAAAUGUGACACUCCCAUCGACACCGACGCCUGACGGAUACGGCGGCGCAGGCGAAAACGAGUAUGUUUACAUCGAUCAAAUCAAGGCCAUGCGUGAUGCCGAGAUCACGACACUCUAUGUCGAUUUUUCGCAUCUCCUCAACCGAGACGACGUUCUGGCGAGAGCUAUCAGCGACCAAUACUACAGAUUCUUACCCUACUUGCGACGCGCACUUCUCAAUCUUGUGCGCGAGUACGAUCCAGUGUAUCUCUAUAUAAACGCCACUGCCAACGCUACACCCUCAGCCGGUCUGCAAACCCGCGAGUUUCAUAUCGCAUUCUACCAUUUACCUCUCAUUUCCCCUAUUCGUUCGCUCCGAACUGACCGAAUCGGCACAUUGCUCUCCAUCUCCGGCACUGUCACGCGUACUUCAGAAGUUCGACCAGAGCUACUCUUCGGCACCUUUACGUGUGUACUAUGUCAAGGUGUUGUGAACGAUGUCGAGCAACAAUUCAAGUAUACAGAACCCUCGCUCUGUCCAAACCCGCUUUGCAAUAAUCGUUACGAUUGGGAAUUGGAUCUCGAGAACAGUACUUUCACUGACUGGCAGAAGAUUCGCGUACAGGAGAGUAGUAAUGAAAUUCCGACAGGUAGCAUGCCAAGGAGUUUGGAUGUCAUCGUUCGAGGAGAGAUGGUAGAGCGCGCAAAGGCAGGAGACAAGUGCACCUUUACCGGGACUUUUGUCGUCGUACCAGACGUGAGCCAGAUGGGUAUGCCAGGCGUCAGUGCAGAGAUGCAACGGGAGGCUCGGGGAGGCGGAAACGCGACAGCCGGAACUGUUCAAGGCGUGACCGGUCUAAAGAGUUUGGGUGUGCGGGAUCUUCUUUACAAGACGGCGUUCCUAGCAUGCAUGGUCAACGACGCAGAUGGAAGGGCUGGCGCAACAAACAUUCGGGGAGAGGAUUUCGAAGACGAGACAGAAGAUCCGACCGCUGCAUUCGCGGCUUCGCUGACGGAACAAGAACUCGAUGAGCUCAAGGCGAUGGUGGGCUCUGACUAUAUCUACUCGCGCCUUGUGGAAUCCAUUGCCCCCACCGUUUAUGGACAUGAAAUUGUCAAGAAGGGGCUACUAUUGCAACUCAUGGGUGGCGUCCACAAGCGAACAAAGGAGGGUAUGCAUCUCAGAGGCGACAUCAAUAUUUGCAUUGUCGGUGACCCCAGUACAAGCAAGAGUCAAUUCUUAAAAUACAUCUGUUCCUUUUUACCACGCUCAGUUUAUACAUCUGGCAAGGCCUCCUCUGCGGCUGGUUUAACCGCCGCUGUUGUCAAGGAUGAAGAGACGGGCGAGUUUACCAUCGAAGCUGGCGCCCUCAUGCUUGCGGAUAAUGGCAUUUGCGCCAUUGACGAGUUUGACAAAAUGGACAUUUCGGAUCAGGUCGCCAUCCACGAAGCAAUGGAACAGCAAACCAUUUCCAUCGCGAAAGCUGGUAUUCAUGCCACGCUUAAUGCACGCACCUCAAUUCUUGCUGCAGCCAAUCCUGUUGGCGGACGAUAUGAUCGCAAGAGGACCCUUCGCGCAAACGUUGCUAUGAGCGCGCCAAUCAUGUCGCGUUUCGAUUUAUUCUUCGUUGUGCUGGAUGAAGUAGGUGAGGAAAGGGACAAGAGACUGGCUCGUCAUAUUGUCGAUGUACAUCGACUGAGAGACGAGGCGAUCAAACCCGAGUUCACGACUGAGCAACUUCAGAGAUACAUCCGGUUUGCAAGAACAUUUAAUCCCAAGUUCACCCCUGAGGCUGCGGAUGUUCUGGUCCAAAAGUAUCGCACUUUACGCCAGGACGACGCCACUGGUACUGGAAAGAACUCGUAUCGAAUCACUGUGCGUCAAUUAGAGAGCAUGAUCCGCCUCAGUGAGGCAAUUGCGAGAGCCAACUGUACAGCAGAGAUUACCCCUGCAUUUGUGCGCGAAGCGUACAGUCUUCUUCGGCAGUCAAUCAUACACGUCGAGAAGGAUGAUAUAAACCUUGAAGAGGACGAGGAAGAGCAGGGAAGAGGUCAGGGAGCGCCCGGUGCCACGGUCGAAUCCCAAGGAGAUAUGGACAUGGACAUGGACGCCGCCGGAACUAGCGCAGCGAACCUUACAUCUCCUUCUCGUGGAGCCGGUACAUCAUAUAUCUCGCCAACAUCUCCUGGAACACCUUCACGCUCUGCCGCAGGAGGGCAGUAUCAGCCGCUUCAACUGGCGACACCCCAAGCACCUCCUGCGCCUCCGAAGAGGAAGCUAAAGAUUACUCACGACAAGUAUAUGACGAUGCAAUCCCUUGUCGUCCUUCAUCUCAGCGAAAUUGAGAAGGCUGGAGGGGGCGGCGUCGAGCGCGAAGCGCUCAUCGAUUGGUAUCUGGAAAAGAAGGAAGAAGAGGGUGCUAUCAACAAUUUGGAAGAACUAGAGUAUGAGAAAGAGCUUUUCACCAAAGUACUUGCCAAGCUCGUCAAGGACCAUUUCCUGAUCGUGUUCAACCCAGAUGUUUUGGAAAGUUUGCCGUCUGACUCGCAAGACGAGUCGGCAGAGAGUGCAGCGGCCAGCACCAGCCUGGGUACUUCCGGAGCGCGGAGGGUGUUCAAGAAUAUUGCCGAGUUGUAA